CACUAGAAAGAGAUCAACCCAUCUCACUAUAUCAAUCUAUCCAUGUGGACUUAUGUGGACUUGUAGCAUGAGCAACUCCAAUGGCAGCUCAAAAUACUUUGUCAACAAUUACUUCAUUUACUCACAAAGCUAUUCCACAUCUCUUAAAGCCUGGCCAUCUUCAUACAACUUUAGUUGAUGAUCAUAGACACAUGUGGAGCGCGACUACGUCAUAUCGACUCAAAUGGUGUUCUAAGCCGUUAAAACCUAAUGAAUCCUUUCGCAAGUGCUCGAUAAGACCGCCGCUGCAGUGUAUGCCUGAAGACACUGUUGUAAACCAUGCAAAAUUGGUAGAAAGCGUUCGGGAAUUGAUCACCAAAGAUAGUAAUGAUGUCAAAUUUGAUGAUUUGUUAAUGGUAGAUGCUCUUGAAAGGCAUGGACUUGAUUAUCUCUAUGAAGAUGAGAUCAAUCUAAUUCUCGAACAGUGUUACCUUCAGUUGAUUAACAAAGAUUUCCUUGAACAUCGAAAUCUCUAUGAGGUCUCCCUAUGUUUUCGAAUCUUAAGGCAGAAAGGUUUUCGCGUCUCGGCAGAUGUUUUUGAAUUAUUCAUGGGAAAGGAUGAAAAGUUUGAGGAAAAUCUUAAACAUGAUAUUAAAGGUUUGAUGGAACUAUACGAAGCUUCACAUUUAUGUAUAGAGGGAGAAAACAUACUCGAUGAAGCUGCAAUAUUUAGCAGCCACAUGCUUCAUAAAGCACUCAGUUUUCUUGAUGAUAAAGAAGCCAGUAUGGUUAGAUAUACACUUGAAAAUCCCCACAGAAGAAACUUUACAAGCUUAAGUUUACUUAACUCCCCAAAAGACUUUGACGCCACAAUCUUGAAAGAAUUAGCAGAACUGGACAGUACGAUGGUGCAGUCUAUACGCAGGAUGGAAAUAAAUGAAAUCUUAAGGUGGUGGGAGGAACUAGGGUUGUGGCAAGACUUAAAUCUUGCGAGGAACCAACCUCUAAAGUGGUAUAUUGUGCCUAUGGUUUCCUUAGCUAAUCCCACCAUGUCACAACAAAGAAUUGAGCUCACAAAAACCGUUUCUCUCAUAUAUAUCAUAGAUGAUAUUUUUGAUAUCUAUGGGACCCUCGAAGAACUUACCCUACUCACUGAAGCGGUCAACAUGUGGGAUAUCACCACUGUAGAGCAACUUCCAUACUAUGUGAAGUCAUCCUUCAAAGCUGUAUUUGAUACUACAAAUGAAAUCGCACGUAGAGUUUAUGAGAAACAUGGAUUUAACCCCAUACAAUCCUUACGAAAGUCGGGCAUAUUCCAAAAUCAGAAGAAUACUUGAAGAAUGGGAUAGUUAGUUCAGGUGUAGAAGUUUUCCUAGUUCACAUGUUUUUCCUCCUUGGGGAUGGUUCCAAUAAAGAAAAUGCAAACAUGAUUGACAAUAAUCAAGAUAUUGUAUUAUCAGUCUCAAAAAUUUUGCGUCUGUCAGACGACUUGGAAGUUGAGCAGGAUGAGAAUCAAGAUGACCAUGAUGGAUCAUUUGUCAAGUGUCUACUCAUGGAACAUGAGUAUAGUUCUCUUAAUAUUGCGCGGGAGUAUGUUAAGAAGAUGAUUUCAGACACCUGGAAGUGUUUAAAUGAGGAAUGUCUCUCCCCUAACCCUUUUUCGGAAAAUUUCUUGAAGGGCUCCAUAAACCUCGCGAGGCUUGUUCCAUCAAUGUAUGGCUACAAGCAUAAUAAUUCAUUUGAUUUAAUAGAAGAAUGUAUCAGGUCUAUCCUAUGA